AUGGCUGAACAACAUAAUUUACAAGACGUCACAUUUUCAUAUGAAGAAGGCAGAAGGAAGCUUUUUCUGAUAAGGGCAGAAAUAGAUUAUCAGAAAGCAGGAGAGUUGCUGUUCCCGAUGACUAGAAGCCAAACUGGAAGAAAAAGAAAGGAAAUCUGUGCCAGUGAAGGGAACUCACUAAAUAUAUGGAAGAAUAAGACCAUUGGCUUUAAUAUACGCGCUGAAAUGCAGGUAAUGAAUACAAGCUAAGAGUUGCUGGGGAGUGCUUGAAUGCUGACCUGAAAAGUGAUUAAUCUUCUACCCUGGAAGCUUAUUUUUCAGCACUGUAGUGCACAUACUUAUUAAGCAGUGAAAGUUUUGGACUAUACUGUAUGUCUGACCUUGUAAUGUAUCACUGCGGUCAAAAAAGUUCAUUCACUAAAGCAGAUUCUAGCGUAGGCCUUUGGUCACCUCUGCAAGGGAACGCUUUCUGAUUUCCAGCUCUUAGGGCAGAUGUUUCAAGGCCUCAUUAAUGCUCUGUGCACAGAAGCCUUUCCAACUGAAAUCUGACUUGCUGAUCAAACCCUGCGCGUGCUGCAAGUCUAGUUGUUUUAAACAACAAAAGUUGAAAUGUUUUAACCCCUUCCUUAGGAUCAUAGAAUUUCAAGGGACCCAAGGGUCAUCUAGUCCAACCCCAUGCAAUGCAGGAACCUCAGCCAAGGCAUCCAUGACAGAUGGCCCCUUAACCUCUGCUGAAAAACCUUCAAGGAAGGAGAGUCCACAAGCCCCAUGGUUAGAACUGAGCCUGUGCUAUGUGGUAUGUUCACAACAAGUGUCAGAAUGUUGAGUUUUCUACCUGCAUUAUAUCAACUGCUCAAAUGAAACAACAGCAGUCCUCGCUCUGUGCUUGUGACCCAUUACAGAGAGAGUUUCUUCAUUCACACCAGUGGCAGCCAAUGUUAUGUGAAAUAUACUCAGAGUCGCAAAGUGAUUUCAUGCUCUUAUUCAGCUCAUAGUGGUGAGGAGGAAUGAAUGAAUGUCCCCUCACAGUAUCUGCUUUAUAUACAUUAUUUACACAAUGGGCUGCACAUGAUUGGCUAAUUCUGGAAUUCUACUGUAAGCCAAUCAGGUUAUGGAUUCACUUCUAUCUGGAGCAGGAUUGGGUGGUUCCUGCCAACCAAUCAUACUGCUGCAUUGUUCUAGGACCAAUCAGACUGCUGCAUUCUGAAUCCUAUUGUUCUAGGACCAAUCAGACUGCUGCCUUUUGGAUCCUAUUCAACUCAGUACAUAACAUUAUGUUUGUCAGGGAGUUCACUAUUUGAUCUGUGCCUGUUCAAGCUGUGACUGCUGCUAUACAUUGCACAGAAAGGCUGUAAAAAAUAAAUAAAUGUGUGCAUUUAAACUAUCUGUGCACAUGCCCUGAUGGUACUUAGCUAGCAUGAAAUCAGAGCUUUUUUUCAGCCAGAACUUGCCAGAACUCAGUUCCAGCACCUCUCAGGCGGGCGCCAUUGCCGUUCUAAAAGAACGAGGGAAGUGUUCAUGGUGAGUUCCAGCACCGUUUUUUUCUAGAAAAACAGCACUGCGUAAAAGAACCAACAAAUUGGAAAAGUGGGGAUGAACAAAACAGAACACCUACUUGCAAUAAAAGGGGAGGACUAAACCACCUCCUCAAUAACAAAUUCUAAUGCAAGCGGAAAUAGUGGAUUAACAGCUAAGUAAUACUCAACUGAGGACAAGCCCUGAGUGAAUAUUGGCCUCCUAGCUACUACAAUUUCAAUGGGAACAUUUUAUAAGUGGCAGGCAGAAAAUAUACUGAAAAAUUAUCUUCAGUUUUCUGCUUCUCAUUUAGAUCUCUAUCAAGCAACAAUAUAAAAUUGGAAGAUCUACCUUGCCACUGUUUCCCACCUUUCUAACUACAUAGCAACAGACUUUUUAUGUUUCAAUAGAAAAGAAUGAGAGUAGGUUACAUGGCAUGGAAAAAUUUAGAUGAGUACAAACAGUGUAUAUCUCUAAAAUUGUACUAACUUACAUUAUUAUUAUUAAUUUAUUAAAUUUACAUACCAUAGAGCUCAGAGUGGUUCUCAACAUAAGAAUAAAAAAUUUAAAAAAGACAAAAUGCAUAAUAAAAACAAGAACAAACCAACAACCCCCUCACACAACACAUUUAAAAGGGCAGCAGAUGUCAAUCAGCCCAAGGCCCAGUUGAAGAGGAACAUUUUCUUUUGGCACCUAAAGAUGUACAAUGAAGGUGCCAGCUGAAGCUGCUUAGGAAGAGCAUUCCACAAAUGGGGAGCCAUUACAGAAAAGUCCCAUUCUCGUGCUGCCACCAUCCAGAUCUCUUGUGGAGGUGGCAGAUGAAAAAGGGCCUCAGAUGAUGAUUGGAUCAUAUGGAGAGAGGUGGUCCUGGUCAAAAAGGAAUAUUUUGCCCAGAUUUGCAGAAGCUAGCUGUCCCAGUUUCUGAUUUGAUCCUGGAAUGUUCUGCUGUUCUUUAGGACCUCCCUAUUUUAAAUGUUCCCUAAUACUGUCAUGGAGCAUUACCAGCACAGAAUGCAGAUGCUGAUGAGAAAGUCUACUUACAUCUCCAUCCACUUUCUCUCUCACUCGCUGAAUGAUCAAACCAAAGGAGAUGGCUAUGCCUCUAGAGCCCUAGUGACCAAGGAGCCAGCAGAGGGAGGUGUCACAAUGAAGGGCGUGUCACAAGGACCUCCGCAACCUAGCAACCACCAGCACUCAACUGGCACUACUCUCAACUGACACUACUAAGUUUCUUAUAUGGCUUUUAAUCCACAUUCAGCUUUUUACAAGUAUGUAAAAUGAAAUUUAUCCCUUUACAUUCAAGCUUCCGUUGUUUCUGCACCUACUGAGCAUAAGCCACCUAAUCUACCUCUCUGCCUCUUUGGUCCUAUAUUGAUGAACAGUGGAAAACCAGAAAUCACCCCGUGUGUAUUUAUUAAUUUUAUUACCCCUCUUCACUAGCAGGUCCCAGGUCAAGUUACAGCCAUCUAAAUUAUAAUUAUUGUUGUUAGUAAUUCAAUUAGUAUACCCCCCCCAUACCCAUAGAUUUCAGGGAGGUUCACAGGAUAAGAUCACAAUAUAAAAAUACAAAAUACACAAUAACAACAAAAAUAAAAACAACCCAAUAACAGGCCCCCGAACACAUUUUAAAAGGGCAUUGGAUGUCAAUCAUAUCGACCAAAGACCUGGUUAAAAAGGAACGUUUUUGCCUGGCGCCUAAAGGUGUACAAUGAAGGCGCCAGUUGAACUUCCCUGGGGGGAGCACCCCACAGACGGGGAGCCACUGCAGAGAAGGCCUGCUCUCGUGUUGCCACCCUUCAGACCACUCAAGGAGGAGGUACAUGAAGAAGGGCUUUGGAAGAUGAUCUCAGGGUCUAGUUCAUAUGGGAAGAGGUGGUCCUUGAGGUAUUGUGGUCCUGAGCUGUUUAAGGCUUUAUAGUCAAAACCAGCACUUUGAAUUGGGCCCAGAAACUAAUUGGCAAGCCAGAGCAGUUGGGCCAGGAUCAGUGUAAUAUGCUCAAACUACCUUGCCUUAGUGAGCAACCUGGCUGCCAAAUUCUGCUCCAGCUGAAGUGUCCAAACUAUCUUAAGAGGCAGCCCAACAUGUAACACGUUGCAGUAAUCUAACCCAGUGGUUACCAUUUUGUUUUAAAUUUUACUGCUUAGCUAAAAUGUAGGGAACUGUUUCUCUAAACAGUGGAGGAGGUGGAACAGGGGUGAAACUUUUGGCCAUAACCAUUUUUAAUGAAGAUGAUCCACAACAGAAUUCUGUAUGCUCCUUCCCGCUUUCGUGUCAAACUGCUUGCCAAGAGAAAAGGAUGGAGGAUCGUGCUGAGCACUGUUCAAUAUGAAAACUGAUUUUCCCCCUACAAUGGGUGGCUUGUAUUUUGGCAGGAACUUUUGUGUGCACUCACACAGCUUCUGGCAAGUUGUGUGCUGAAAAGAAAACCCACAAACAUCCAGCACAGCGAUGCUUUGUUCAUUACAUGACACCAAUCUGCCGAGAUAUUUUUUUCUGUGGUUGCUAAAGUCAGAUUGCUCUUUGAUAACACGUUUGUUACUGAGUGUAAAACGAAAAAGGCAGUCUUAAAUGAUUACUAGGGUUUCAAGAUAUCACAAAUUUUAAGGGAUGCUAUAUUUUAUAAAUUUUAUAGGGACACGGGUGGCGCUGUGGGUUAAACCACAGAGCCUAGGGCUUGCCGAUCAGAAGGUCGACGGUUCGAAUCCCUGCGACAGGGUGUGCUCCCGUUGCUCAGUCCCUGCUCCUGCCAACCUUGCAGUUCGAAAGCACCUCAAAGUGCAAGUAGAUAAAUAGGUACCGCUCUGGCGGGAAGGUAAACUGCGUUUCCAUGUGCUGCUCUGGUUCGCCAGAAGCGGCUUAGUCAUGCUGCCACAUGACCCGGAAGCUGUACGCCAGCUCCCUCGGCCAAUAAAGCGAGAUGAGCGCCACAACCCCAGAGUCGGCCAUGACUGGACCUAAUGGUCAUGGGUCCCUUUACCUUAAAUCUGGAAGGGGAAAUCUUCAUUCUGUAAAAAUGCAGGCCAACAGACAGUUGUAACUUGACCUGAAAUCUACAUGGAUGGUGUUUCAUAAAUUAUUAUAACCACAGGUAAUAGCCAGGUUUUUGCCUGAGAUUAGAAAUGCAUUCAGGAUGAAAAGAACGGAAAAGAAAUUCAUCCAUCUUAUUUAAGCCUUGUAUUCCCAUUGAUGAAUUGGUUAUAUAUUGUUAGCUACAAUCCAUCAGAGAGCUCCGAGCCCUUUAAAUCCACAUUGAUUUCAGUGAGAUUUAAGAGCGCAAAAUUGUGGAUUGGAUCAUGAUCUCUGGUUUUGUUUUAAUUGUUAUCUUGCCCUGAUGUCAGAACAGUAACAUACAACAUGGCGAGUUGCAAGAUGUAUCUUCAAUCAAACAAAAAAAUAAAACAGAAUAGUUUUUCUAUUUAAAAAAGCGGCUCAUGCAUUCAAUUUCCUUUAUCUUCCUGGCACUGAUAGAGUUUGACUCAUCAAAGCUUUUCAUUUGGGGAUAUAUUGAAUUUAAAAAAAACCUUGACAUUCACAUUUACUUCUGCAAAGCAAACUUCAAGUUUGCUCUCCUUAACAUAAGCACAAACCCAUUAGCAGGUAGUGUUUAGUUGUGACUUUCUACAUCCUGAUGCCUUAGUAUUGGUGAACAAAGCCAACUCUUUCAUGAAUAGAUCAUUUCUCUCUCUAUGCCACUACAUUUUAAAAAGGAAAAUCUGAAGUAGCAUUCUCUUGGUGGCAGCUAUAUUAUAUGCACCCAUUCUUAGAUUCAGGGCAUGGCUGGCAAGUCCCCAGGAGAAUACACUUCCGCAUGUGAGACAACAAGAUCAGUUCUGUACUUAACCUUGCAUCCCAAAUUAAGGAUGCUUGAGAAUUCAGGUAGCAAAGGAAGAGGAAAUUACCGUAUUUUUUGCUCUAUAAGACUCACUUUUUCCCUCCUAAAAAUUAAGGGGAAAUGUGUGUGCGUCUUAUGGAGCGAAUGCAGGCUGCACAGCUAUCCCAGAAGCCAGAACAGUAAGAGGGAUCACUAUGAAGCGAUUAUAAUUAUUAUAAUGCACUUGCCACAAUCUUACUAAAUCAUAAUUAAUGACUGUCCUGGUGCCUUCAUUAUUCACCUUUAGGUGCCAGACAAAAACUUUCCUCUUCAACUAGGCCUUUGGCUGACUAACAUCCUAUAUCGUCUUAAAUUUGUUUGUGGGGAUGGGUGUGGGUGAAGGGGGUUACUGGUUUGUUUUGCUUUUAUUAUGUAUUUUGUAUUUUUAUCUUGUAUAUUUAUGUUAUGAAAUGUCCUGAGAUGCAUGGAUGAAGGGUGGUGUACAAAUUUAAUAAAUAAUAAUAAUAAACAUCAGGAAGCUGCUUCUAAAAGCCAAGUUGUUCAUGGUAGAACUUCUUGGAUGACGUGUGUAAUGCACCUUUCAAAAGUUCUCUGCUUUUCUGUUCAGAAGCAAUCAGUGAUAAGCUUUAUUCUCUUAUCUACUAUACUAGGUUUUUGGCCAGUGGAAUUUCAGUGAAAUAAAUGGGAAUUUGUCAGUAUAUGGAGAGAAUCACAAUACAGCUGCUCACCAGCAGGAAAGAACAUAUUGUGAGUUGCCGGGGGCGGGUGGCGGAAGGGGUUAGGCUGUAUGAUCCCUUUUAAUUUCUUUUGGAGGAUCCUUUUGGAGGAUCCCAUUGAAAGAUUUGAAGAGCUGGCUUAACAAUCCAGAAGCAAAUCAAUAAGCCUUUUCCAGCUAGGUAUUUUUUAUCAGUGCAGAGCGGUAAUUGUAAGCUUGUAGUGCUAGCCUUUAAAGCAAAAGCAUGGUAAUUGCAUAUUAGAAGCAUAAUCAAUCUGUUUGAAUGAAGUUUAAGUGAGGAAAGGAGGAUAAUCAUGUUUUCUCAUUGACCCAUAACCAGUAGCACUGUGAAAAUAGCAUUCCUUGAUACACAGAAUGCCAGACACUAAGGUAAAAUAGCUAUACCUCAUGUAGUUUGGUGCAUGUUGUGUAUGAUACAUUACAUCAGUGUUCAGGGUACGGCUGUGUGUCUGUCUUCCUGUCCCAGAGCAAGGCUCCAUUGCCCUAUCUCCUGCACUAUUAAGGCCAUAUUCUGCUACAUGCCUUGGAAGUGGAACUGUGUUCCUCAAAGGUCCAACUAGGCCACCAAUGUUUCCAUCUCGGAAUACAUAGCACUGGUUUGAAAUGGAUGCUUACAUAAAACAACGUGCACAUUAAGGGGGAAAAGGUAGCUGAAAAACAGUAGCUCAGGGAGGAACAGCUACAAAGGACUACGAUGGUGGAAAUAGCCAAGGAAAGUGGGCAUCUCUGAGUCAAAGUUUGGGAGAGCCCCUUCCAACUUUAGGGUUCAGGCCAGACAGCCAGUUGACCAGCCUACCGAUUAAAGCAUGAAGCCCAAUGUGAUGUCUUCAAGAAUUUGCUUGACUACAAUUCCCAUCAAUCCUGGAAAAUUGGCCAUGCUGAGAGGGAGUUGUAGCCUACAAUACUAGAUGGGCACCAUGUUGGAAACCUCUGCUUUAGCCUUACUCAUAUGUGUGGUGUGACUUAAAGUGAAAGACUAGGACCAGGGAGGGUAAGUUCUCUACCUAGCUGUGAAUUUCACUUAAGAACUUUUGGUUAACUGACCAAUUCUUAGGCUAGCAUACAUCACAGGAUUGUUUUGAGAAUUAAGGGGAUUGUCUGUACACAGUUGUGAGCUCCUUGGAAGAAGAGAAGAAUACAACUGUAAGAAAUUUAUUUAGAUUAUUAUACCUCCCUGGGCUAAUUUGAAGGAGGAUAAAAGCUGAAAAUAUUCAACUCAUGAAUAAUGUUAUAAGCUGGGCCUCUUGAAUAAUGUUAUGUAUGAAUCAAACGAUGUUAAAUAUGUUCCCCGAAGGUGGAGAACUACGUUUUAGCUAUGGGAUAUAAUGAAAAUUACAAAUUAACAGUAGAUGAGAAAGCAAGUGUUUGGGAAAAAAAUGCAUAAAGGAUAGAGAGCAAAUACUAGCCUCCACUGGAAUUACAGAUGCUUUGAACAAACAACUUGUCACGUUAGAAGAUCAAAAAUAUAUCAAGCCACUAGAAAAGCAAUUUCACAGCGUAAUGAACAACAAAUGCAUUGAGGGUGAAGAUGUUUAAUUAAAUGGCAAAACUCUCCAGUUCAUCCCUACUAAUCUUGCCCAAAGCCUGAGUAAUCAACCUUUAUGUAAAACAUGAAGAAGUGCAGGCCAGCUCCCCCUGAACUCAAGAGAGACACUCCAUUGACUACAUUGUCCUUUGGUUUACAUCCCAAGUGGCAUUUGGUAGAGGUCUUGAAACUGCUUUUGUCUCACUGUUCCUGCAUUAUUCACAAACCACAAAGCUAUUUACUCAUACAUAUUUUAAUUUGCCUAACCAAGUGGAACUGAACUGUGAAGUUAGAUUAUUCAAAGCCGAGAGUGCGUCAUAAUGCUUACUGUGUGCGGAUGAUACCCUAAUAGCGCCCUGCAAUUUGCUUUGUUAUACAUGUGCUUAUUUAGACAUAUCGAAUGAAAAAAACCCCCACAACCCACAUCAUAUUCACCACUUCCUGUUAAUAUCAGUCUUAACUUUCAUCUAUUGAAAUUAAUGGGACUUAUCUUUGGGUAGAUUGAGGCCAACAAGGGAGAUUAUAGUUCUGGAUAGAUCCAGUUUACAGUGGUACCUCGGGUUAUGAACUUAAUUUGUUCCGGAAGUCCGUUCUUAACCCGAGGCACGCAUUCCCUACAUAGGCCUCCCACGGCCCCGGAAGCGGAUUGCGUUCAUAUCCCAGGGCAAAGUUCACAACCUGGGACACCUACUUCCGGGUUUGUGGCGUUCGUAACCCGAAGCAUCCGUAAGCAGGACUGUUCAUAACCCGAGGUAUGUUAGAAUUCCUGCUCCAUGAUUGCAGUCAUGGGAUUUUUGUCUAUCACAUGACGGUGUAUGUUUUGACUCCACAAAGUGGGAAGUGACGGAGACAGGAUGUUUUUGUUACUGUGUUCUGUGAAGUGGGACUAUUGUCCUUUGUUCUUUUUCUCUUUGUUGUCUGCUGUUCUCUUGCUGUAGAGAGAGAGGGAGCCAUGUUGCAGUGCUCCGUGUGUGUUUAUAUGUAAAUAAAGUAGAUUAGCCAAAAUGCUGAGUUGCUGAGGUCUGUCACACGAACUGCACAGACUCUGUGGAUCCCUAAGUGUGCCGAUGUCUGUUGGCAUCGGUCGCUAUGAUGUUUGGGCUGAAGAAAGCUUUUGAAGCUCCCAAACGAAUGACCAGGAGGGAGAGAACAUGCUAGUCGGGCAUUUGUCUCUGCGAGGGUCCUACUCGAGUGUAGGAUGAGCUCCUGACAAGGUACCACUGUACUAUCUGGUAUUUGGUAUUUUUCCAGAGAAGGCUGGUCCAUUAAUAUGAAUGAAACACUGCUCCAUCAACCAAUCCCCACAACUACCCCAAGGAAUGUCAUUGCUUGUUAGCUUUCUCUUCCUUGGAUUCAUUAUGAAACAGAGCUCUUGAGGAUAUAUAUAUUUGUUCUCAGAAAGUGUCUUCACAGUUCACUUUCAUUCUGCAACCACCUCCCACUAGGGCAUGCUAUUUUAGUGGGGUGAAACUUAUUCUUUUGCACAUUUCUUCAUUGAGGGGCCAUAAAAGUACAUUUUUUGGGUGCGAGGAAUUCAAAUCUACUAUUCUUUUUUGGGGGGAUGGGACAACAUUUAGCUUGGCAGGUCUACAUUUGAUGAAGAAGCAUAUAAACUGCUUUUGGAAAACCAAAGAAUUUUAAUGUUACCUUCUGAAAAUAUCAGGUAGUGCUAAAUAAAUAGAAAAAUAAUGUAACUGCAAAUAGCUGGCAAUCGUUUUUAUGCAAUUUUACAAACAUUUUACUUACUAAGCAAAACUAAAUUAUAUUAAUUUAACCAAAAUAUAUUUUGUAUUCCCAAGUCAUGUUACAAAUUUUUAGCACCCCUCAUUUGGGGAAUUUGAAAACUGAAAAAUUCAACACACCCUACCCACCUUGAUCUCUUUAGCAAAAACACCACAAACAGCCUGAAAAUUGGGUAAGUGAGGAGAAAUAACAGAAACCUUUCUCCCUGCAAAUAAAUACACCAAUUGUUCCCCACCCUCAUAACUGCUUCUUGAUCUCAAGCUCAAAUGACACAUUAUGUGGGAAAUCUGUGACUAGAACACUCAACAAAAAUAAUAAUCCUGAAAUACAGUUUUGUGGGCUGCAAUUGAUCUGGUGCCAGGGUUCAGUGGGUCCUUGGCUUAGUGCUACCAAUCACAGAAUCACAGGAUUGUAAAGUUGGAAGGGACCACAAGGGUCAUGUAGUCCAACCCCCUGCAAUGCAGGAAUCUUUUGCCCAAGGUGGGGCUUAAACCCACGUCCCUGAGACGAAGAGUCUUGUGCUCUACCGUCUCAAGCUAUCCCGGCUGUUACCCAAACACUGAGUGAUCUCUGCUACCACUCUGGCAUUGCUAUUGGUCUGGUCACCUGCCACCACUGGUGGGACCCCACUCCUGAUGGAUAGGCAAACCUGGUUGGUUAUAACGUUAAAAAUGCAUUAUAAAAAUGUGAAACCAGAGGGCAAUGCAGAGCAGCAAUCUCUUGACAAUGGGAAAUUGCAUUGAGAGCUAUAUAACCUUUUAAAAAUAGUCUUUAAUAGCGUUUUUACAGAUCAGUGUAGAUCCGGCCCUGUUGUCUUCACUAUAGUGGAAUGGGAAUUGAGUGGCUGUUUGGCUGCAAUUGGUGGCAGGCAAUCUCCAUGUUUUAUGUCUCACAAUGUAAUGUCAUGCAUCUUGUCAGGGAACUGACAUCGGAGCUAGAGGUGGAGGGAAGGCUCUCCAAUGAUGCUGGAGAAGGGCCCAGCAGGGAGAGAGGCAGCUCAGCAGAUGGGGAAGCAAUUCAGUGCAACACCAGGAAUAAGGAGGGGCAGAUGGGGGAAUCGGCGAGAGGGCUCCCAGACUCUUCACCGGACACCAGCGGGGAGAGCACUGGUCCUCCGCUACCCACGCCCUCCCUGCGCAGAAGACUUCCGCGCAGAGAAAGUAGGAGGAGACUGGGUGUCAAACAACUUUUAUGUUGGAAAAGGUUUAAGAAACGCCCACUGACGGAUUCUGCUAGCGACUGAGGCAGCCACGAAUUGAAGGGCUGUCCAGACAGAAAGGUUUAACAAGGCAACAUAGCCAGGAGAGGCGGAAACUUACGCACGAGCAACCCCAUACCAUUAUACAUCUGAUAAUAAUAAUAAUAAUAAUAAUAAUAAUAAUAAUUUAUAUGCCACCUAGGCUGAACUGUCAGUUUGCAUUUCUUACUAUAGAAAGUAUUGAUCUGAUGUGUAGAGAUCUUUCCUAUUCUAGUUAAUUCAAGAGGCUUCUGGAAGCUUCUCUGUAUGAAAGAAGCAAGCAGAAGGCUUCAUGAUGUUUGGGUUAUUCCUUCAGAGAAGCUGAGUACCGCUGGUUUAAACUGGUUCUGUUAUCUCUUUCUGUCAAGGUCAUGCUGAACCCAGAAGAAGCCCGGGUUUCACUUUCUGUUUCUAUCUCCCUUCCGGUGUGGUGUUCUGUACAUAGUAUGCUAUAAUGUUAAGGUUUAGACUUAUUAUCGGUUAUUGUAAGUUUAAGUUAAGUCUGCUGCAACUGGAUUUCUUAUGGACAGUGCCAAUCCUGAAUGUAUUGGAUUUGUGACCAUUAAGCUCAUUUUCCUUCAGCAGCAGUAAAGCUCUGCUGGAUGAAAUACAAUUGCCACUGGUCUAUUUUUUUGGGAAUCCUGCAACGUGUUUAAGUUUUUACUCUGUUAACUAUACAUUGGAAUCUACUCUGGAUCAAUAUUGAGAAGAAUUUUCACGGCAGGUCAUGCGCCCAUAAUGUUUUUUCUUUUUCCCUGCGCUGAUGGGUUCCUGAGGCUGAGCAGAGUGCUGAGGAGGUCUGGCUGUGCGGGAUGCAUUAUGCACUGAAACGUAUCUUACUGCCUCACCUUGAAUGUGACAUGAGCCUCGCCACAAAGGAUCCUGGCUUGUACCUAAGUAACAUUUCAUAACAAAAGCCAUGGAUGGAUAAUUCCUGGCCUUGCAGAGUUGACUUAAUUAACUGUCAUGCCACAGGGUGAAAGCCUGGCCACAUGGGCAGCCCAUUUAUUCAAUCUAUUUCUAGCUGGGUACUCUUGCCUUUUGCUGGAAAAAAGAUGAUCUUUAGAAGUUCUCAGAAAUGCAAAGAAAUACCUGACCUAAUUAACACAAUCUAGCGGCAACGUGGUCGCAUCCAGGCUGACAGGGAAUGAACUUCCCUUUCUUGAGAAAUGAAAAAGGAUAUUCAAUUACGGUGGGGCAUGCUUGUCAGCGGAUAAUCAUUUGUUCCUAAUGAGCGGUCAUCUGCCGAUUUAAGGCUGUUACUUGUAUUUUGAGAUGGCGUUGGGUUCUGAAAUUAAUUAGCCACCAGGGAUGUGCUGGGAUUGUCACCGCCACGCACACUAGGGUCUUCCCCCGGCCAUGGCAAGAAAACUCCCUCAUGGCUCGGAGCAAAGGCAAAUCACACACGCAGUCUUGGGCCACGUGCAGAGUUCCAGCUGAACCAAGCUUUUCUGCAAGUGUGUGUUGAGGAUCACUGGUAGUGGUCCCCAGCUCACCGUUUGAGAUACACCACAUCUGAGGGUGGGGUAGGGAUAUCAGUGGUGGCUGGCAGCUGCAUGCCUUACUGGGGUGGGUCAGAACCAGUGGCAGCAUAAGGGAGAAUUUGUAGGGGGGGCAGUAUUAGGACAGGUGUCAGCCCUUGUAUAAUCUGCUGAGGUGUAUCAGCUCUGGCAGUUCCUGAGUAGGCCUGGGAUGCCUGCAUUUAGAAAUUCUUCCGCGCUGCACCUGUAGGCAAAUGGAUUAGUCCUUGUAAGCAAAUUUCACUGAAAAAUAAUUUUAAAAAUCAAUCACUGUAUAGUUCGUACCCCAAGUGCUUUCAGUUUCUGGAUUGCGUAUUUAGAGGCAAUGAAUGUGCAUUCGGAGUACUUCCACAACACUUAAGAUUUUGACAUCUGCCUUCACUCGUGGGUUCUGUAGUGGUUCUCCCUGAAAAAUAUCUCUCUCCUCAUGUUCAUUUGGAAAUGCUCCCAAAUCAAUUCAUUCUUCCCCUCCAUAUCUUUCUUCAUUCCUCUGUAUCAGGCACCCCCCAACUCCAGAUGUUUUGGGACUACAAUUACCAUCAUCCCUGACCACUGGCCCUGUCAGCUAGGGAUGAUGGGAGUUGUAGUCCCAAAACAUCUGGAGGGCCGAGUUUGGGGAUGCCUGCUCUGUAUUUUACCCAAGAAAACCUUCUUCAUCAAAGCCUAUACUCUGUGCACUCAUCCACUGAAGGGCUGCAAUAAGUAGAAUUGUUCAGCAAUUUUUUUUUAAAGCUAAGGUAUUGCCAUUCCUUCACACACUUUUGCUGCCCCUGAUGACGUUAGAGAGAACCACAAGAAACAGUCCACCUUUCUUACAUGAUUCCUCUAUACAGCUGUUAUGUGUCACUCCACCAACCUAUUAAUCUGAUGGUGGUUAUACAGUGUUGUUCACACUGACCAUUUCCAGGAAGCGCACCUUUUCCUUACAUAACAGCCAGCAUGGCUGACUUACUUUUAGCAGAUGCUGGCUCCCUGCUGGAAAAUACGCUGCAUUUCAUGCUGAUUCAGCUUGGCAGGUGUGAUAAUCAGCCUCCAGGAUCACAGACUAGACUAUUCAGAGACAGAAAUUCUCCAGUAGCGGGAAGUCUAGGAAGGAGCCUAGCCUGAGGAAAAGCUGGCUUGCAAUUUCUUCUCUAGACGAAAUAUUUUCUCGCGGAGAUAUUUUCUCCCUCCAGCUUGGGGCUGAAGAAUUGUAGCAAUAUGUCUGAGUCAGACAGUAACACUCUCUCUCUCUUUUUUUAAAGGUCUCUGAUCUCCACACAUGCACUUCCUUCCGUGGUCCAAGCAUCAAGAUUUCCUGCUGAUGUGAGGAGAACGCGUUACUAA